AUGCCUCGCCCAAGACAUAAUACGACCUCGCUGCCGAGGGACCUCCGCGGUGAACUGGGACUGAAGGAUCGCUACAGGGAGAAGAAGAAUAGACGAAACGGACCCGUGCCGCGAAAAGAUCGACGUCGAGCGGAACGGACGGAGAAAAAGACAAAACGAGCGCCGGUUUCUAAGGGAAGUAAACGACAUGCUGAGUAUGACGACGAUGACGAAGAUGAUUUCAAUGAGCUUGAGGGAAUUGAUGACGCCGGAGUUGAUUUGGACUUUGGAUUAGAUGAAGAAAUGCCACCGCCAUCCAAGGGCAAAUCUGCGAAAGAAACGGACACUAUAUCCAAAAGGAGCCAUAAAAAGUCGAAGGUGACGGAAGAUUCAGAGCCGGAAAGUGACGAUGAAAAUAAUACGAGGCCUCCUCCAUCAACGAUCUCUAAAUCUGUUCAAGAAAAGCUGGACCAGGAUGAUGCGGAGAUUGCUGCGCUGGAGAAAAAGCUCGGGUUGAAAAAGGGCAAGAAACUUCCAAAAUCAUUCGAGGAUGAUGGCUUGGAUGAAUUGUUGGGAGAUCUGGACGAUGGAUCUGCGGAUGAAAGCCGCAAGCGCAAAAGGGAGGCUAACGAAUGGUUGCGAAGCAAACGCAGAAAGGCCCAAGGCCUGCAGUCUGAUAGCGAAUCAGCCGAAAACAGUGAUAUGCGAAGCGAUGAGAUGGAUGGCAUGGAUGAAGAAGAGGAGGAUGAUUUCGGUGGCUUUGACGAAGAUGGUGAGGAAGCUGAAGAUGAAAACGACGAGCCUGCUCCUAAGAAGCGCGAGAAUCCCUAUACUGCGCCCGUAUCAGCACCGGAACCGAGUGAAAAUCGACCACAAAAGUAUAUUCCUCCGUCUCUACGCGCAGCAUCCAAUUCGGAGUCAGAGACACUCACGCGCCUACGAAGGCAAUCUCAAGGACACCUGAACAAAUUGUCGGAAGCUAAUCUAGUCUCAAUUCUUGCGGAGUUCGAGAAGCUCUAUCGGGAAUAUCCCCGUCAGAAUGUCACAUCCACGUUGAUCACGCUACUUCUGGGUUUGAUCUGUGAAAGGUCUGCGCUACAGGACACCUUUGUCAUCCUCCAUGCGGGAUUCAUCGCGGCCGUGUACAAGGUAGUCGGCAUGGACUUUGGCGCAGAGCUGGUGCAAAAGGUGGUAGAGCUGUUCGACGCCGGGGAAGACGAACGAGGCAAAUUUGAGGGUAAGGAGGCUGUAAAUCUGAUGUCUCUCUUGGUGCAGCUGUACAAUUUCCACGUAAUUGGGAAUACGCUCGUCUUCGACUACAUCCGAUUAUUCCUGCAGGACAUCACCGAGGACAACACUGAAUUGCUGCUCAAAAUCAUCCGAAACUCCGGACCACAGCUCCGACAAGACGAUCCCUCUGCUCUUAAAGAUAUCGUACUCCUGAUCCAACCCGCCGUGGCUAAAGCCGGUGAGGCCGCGCUCUCAGUGCGCACCAAGUUCAUGAUCGACACAAUCACCGAUCUGAAGAACAACCGCAUGAAGUCGGGGGUGGGUGUCGGUUCGACGACUGUGACGUCGGAACACAUCACGAAGAUGCGCAAGAUCCUUGGCUCUCUGAACAGCUCGCGAUCCAUCCGCGCUUCGGAGCCCAUCAGCAUCUCCCGCAACGACAUCCACAACGCGUCAAAGAAGGGUAAAUGGUGGCUCGUGGGAGCCAGCUGGAAGGAAGACCCGCUAGAGUCCGCGCGGCACGAGCUCGCCGUGAGUCAAGGCCACUCCCUUCCGACCCCGGGCUACGACAGCGACGACGAGCCCGAUUACAUGUCUCUAGCUAAGGCGCACCGCAUGAACACCGACGUCCGACGGUCCAUUUUCGUCGCGAUCAUGUCGGCGCCUGAUUACCAGGACGCGCAUGUGCGGCUGCUUAAGCUCCGACUCAAGCGGAGUCAAGAAUAUGAGAUCCCGAGGGUGCUCUGCCAUUGCACCAUGGAGGAGGAAGCGUACAAUCCAUAUUACACACUCAUCGCACGACGGCUCUGCGGCGAGAUGGGCCGGCGCAUCAAAGUGUCGUUUAUGUAUACGCUGUGGAACAUCUUCAAGCGCAUGGGCGAGACAGGGGCGGACGAAGACGAGGCGGAGUUUAACGACGAUGACGAACAACAGAACCUCCCUAUGGCAUCUAUUGUCAACCUGGCUAAAAUGUAUGGCAAUCUCAUUGCGGACGGCACGUUGAACCUGGGGAUUCUAAAAACGCUGAAUUUCGCAUACCUCCAACCGAAGACGCACACCUUUACCGAGCUGCUCUUGAUUACGGUGAUUCAGCAGUCGCAAAGACGAAAGAAAUCGAAAGAUACGGGGAAGGAGUCGGAGAUGAAAGAUGAGGAGAAAUUGAUGGAGAUCUUCAUCCGAACGCGCGACACGCCACAGAUGGUCAAGGGAUUGAUGUAUUUUUUGCGCAAGGUGGUGUCGAAGACUGAUAUCGUGUCUGAGAAGGAGCAGAGGUUGUUUUGA